AUGGAUUCAGAAGAUAUCAUAUCUGGUGCUACCUCAUCACUUCCGAUAGAUGACGGUAUAUAUGUACAGAUGAACUGUUAUGACAGUUAUAUGUCAUGUCCAACUCAAUUAGACUCCCAAUAUGGCUCUAGUUUACCUUUGCAUCGAUUUGAAAGUGUGCCCGUUAUUAGAGUUUAUGGUUCACUUCCCACUGGCCAUACUGUAUUGUGUCAUGUACAUGGUGUAUUUCCUUAUAUCUACAUCAGAUAUGAUGGGAAUGUUUAUGAUUCAUCAUUGGAAUUGAAUCAGAGAUGUGCUAGACUUCAUAAGCUGUUUGAAGAUAAAUUAAAAACCAGUGAUACAUCCUCUAAGAGGAACAAGGCUAAAGGUUCGAAAACAAAUAGGUAUGGUGAUGGCAAUCGAUUGAAAUAUAUUGCAAACGUUUCUAUUGUCAAGGCUAUACCAUUUUAUGGGUUUAAUGUCGGUUGGUCUUUAUUCUACAAGAUUUCAUUAUUGAAUCCUAAAUAUUCUAAUAAGGUUUCUGAUUUGAUUAGAGACGGUGUGAUGUUCGACAAUGAAGUUGAGACCUUUGAAUCGCAUAUACCAUAUCUUCUACAGUUUAGUUCAGACUACAAUUUAUUUGGAUGUUCUUGGAUCAAAUUAGAUAAAUGUUACUUCAGAAAGCCUAUUUUAAAUACAAUUUUAGAUUUGGAUAAAAUACUCAAUAAUGAGGAUUUGUCUUCAUUUAUCGAACGGUUUUGUGAUACUAAUACUUUAUCUACACAGGAAUAUCCAAGAAUAGGAAAUUCGCUAAUUGAAAUUGAUAUCAUCCCUCAAUUUAUUAGGAAUCGAGAUGACCUGGAAUUUAUUAAAUUACACCAUGAUUUCAUUGAAAAAACUAACGAAAGUUACAAACACUUUAAAACUUCCUAUGUUCAUUCUACGAAAAAUUUAUUCAAGGAUAUACAAAGACUAAGAAAAGAAUCAGGUCUAAAACCUUAUGAAGAACCAAAGCCUUUUGAGCGUUAUGAGAAAGAAAUUAUAUUUGAGCGGACUGCUGAAUACCAAAGAUUAUAUGAAAAAGCAGCUUCUAAUUCAAAUAAUUUAAAAGAUGAGCAAAUAAAGUUUGAAUCAUUUAUUUAUAAUGAUUGGAGAUUUGAUAAAAUUGAUACUCCUUCAAUAUCGGUUGCAGAACUAUGGCCCAAGUUAAAAUUAUUAAAGAAUGACCAGGCUGACAUUAAAAAAUCAGAAAGCAAUACCAAUUCAAGGAAAGAUAUAGAUGAACUUAUCAAUGAGUAUGAAGAGGUAAAUGAAAACAGUGAUAGUAAUACUCCAAUUGAUAUUGAUGAAGAAGCCUGUCAAGACGAAAAAAAUGAAUUGAAAAAUAUGUUAGAUGAAGAAGAUAUAAGCAGUCUUCCAGUAGGUAAAAUAGACAAUAAUUCUGAGAUAUUUUCAAUGGAUACAUUUAUGACACAGACGUUUAAGAAACGAAAAUGUAAAAAGAUUGAUUCUACUUCUAAUGUAGACAAUAAUUCUAAAAAAUUAAAGAUGAUGAAUAAAAAUAUCGGUAUUAAAAACAGUCACAACUCUCUAGUAUUCAGAAGUCCGCCAAUCUUAUUUAAUGACAUUUUAAAUGAUCUGGAAUCAGAAGGUUAUCCAAAAAUCGAUUAUUGUGAUCCAUAUUUCGGAAAUCCGAUAGAUCUCAAAGAUAAAGUUUAUAAGUAUGCCGGGAAAAGGUUUGAAAUCAGAUCGCACCAUCUAGGAUGUAAAAUUCCUAUUCAAUUUGAUAAUGAAGAGAUAAUGUUGGAAUCCCAUUCUGAAACGAAAUACUCUUCGACAUGGAAAUAUAUUCCGAAACCACCUUCUUAUAAUAAUGUAAAAACUGGGAGUUUAAAGAGUCCCAAAAAAUGCUUUGACUCGCAAAUUGACAAAAAUUAUUCUAUUAACAGAUCAUAUCUUAAAUCUAAAAAUCCUGUGAUCCCUAAAGUAAGGAAGCUCAAGAUACAUGAUGUUUUGACACAUUUUACAUUAGAAGUUCACACUGAUAAUAUAGGAUCAAAAUUUCCAGAUCCUAAAAAUGAUUCAGUUAGGUUGAUAGCAUGGAAAAUUGACGAUGAAACUUAUCCAUUUCAAUUGGAUGUUGCAAGUGAAGGAUUUAUGAUAUUUUGUGGGCCUGAAACCGAAGUAAGCAAUUAUCAUUUAAAAAGAAUUGAACAAGCAGCAGGUUCAUCGGCAAUUGGUUUCUAUGAAACAGAGAUAGAUAUGUUUGAUGCUUUGAUUGAUUUGAUACUUUUCUUUGAUCCAGAUAUAUUGUCCGGAUUUGAAGUACAGUCGGCAUCUUGGGGUUACCUUAUUGAUAGAUAUCGGUUCAUACAAAAGGAAAGUUUGCUUGAAGAAUUAUCUAGAGUCAGUAUAGAUGAAGCAUCUCGAUAUAUUGAUAAGUGGGGUUCAAAUCGCUCAUCCGGUGUGAAAGUAACUGGAAGGCACAUAAUUAACAUUUGGAGGGCGAUGAGAGCUUCAACUAAUUUUAAUCAAUAUACUAUAGAGAACCUAUGUUCCAAACUUUUAAACAAGAGGUUACCGCAUUUUUCUUUUAGUGAUUUAUCCAAGAUGUGGAAUGGCAAUGAUGUGACAGAGAUUAAAACAGUAAUGAGCUAUUGGAUGACAAGGGUAAGAUGUAACAUGUUAUUGCUAAAAAAACAAGAAUACAUAACUAGAGUGACAGAGCAAUCCAGAUUGAUUGGAAUUGAUUUUUAUUCUGUAUAUUAUCGUGGUUCACAAUAUAACGUUGAAUCGUUCUUGAUAAGACUUUGCAAAUCUGAAGAAUUUCUCUUGGUAUCACCUAGUAAAGAGAAAGUACGAGACCAGAGAUCACUCGAAUGUGUUCCAUUAAUAAUGGAGCCAGAAUCUGCCUUCUACAAAAGUCCAUUGCUUGUUCUCGAUUUUCAAUCUCUAUACCCAUCAAUUAUGAUUGCCUAUAACUACUGUUAUUCCACAAUGCUUGGAAGAGUUGAAGAUUUAAAACCCAAUGGAAAUCAAAUCGGUGCAACUACAUUGUCAAUUCCUAAUAAUCUACUAAAAUUAUUGAAAGAUGAUAUCCAAAUUUCUCCAAAUGGGGUAGUAUUUUUGAAGUCUACUGUAAGAAAGUCUAUCCUUUCAAAAAUGUUGACUGAUAUCUUAAAGACUCGUGUGAUGGUAAAGAAUACAAUGUCAGAACUCCAGAAUGUUUCCUCAGAUCUUAACAAAAUUAUGAAUAAUAGGCAAUUAGCAUUGAAAUUGCUUGCAAAUGUUACUUAUGGGUAUUCUUCUGCAUCAUUUUCUGGAAGAAUGCCAUGUUCUGAUUUAGCAGAUAGCAUUGUUCAAACUGGACGUGAUACACUCCAAAAUGCAAUCAACUUAAUUGAAAGCAAUGACAAUUGGGGUGCUAAAGUGGUGUAUGGUGAUACGGAUAGUUUAUUUGUUUAUCUUCCGGGGAAGUCAAGAGAAGAAUCUUUUAAGAUUGGAAGGAGUAUUGUUGAAGAAGUAACAAAGCAAAAUCCUGAUCCGAUUAUUCUAAAAUUUGAGAAGGUAUACCACCCUUGUUUGUUGUUGAGUAAGAAACGUUAUGUUGGUUAUUCGUUUGAAAAAGAAUCUCAAAAAGAACCAAUAUUUGAUGCCAAAGGUAUUGAAACCGUUAGGAGAGAUGGCCACGCAGCACAACAGUAUAUUGUUGAAAAAUCGAUAAGGCUAUUGUUUGAGACAAAAAACUUAUCGAAAAUCAGUGAAUACUUAUUAGAACAGUUUGCUAGAAUUGAAACCGGUAGCAUUUCAAUUCAAGAUUUUUGUUUUGCAAAAGAGGCAAAAUUAGGUACAUAUAAAAGUGAAAAAAGUACGCCAGCAGGAGCCAUAGUAGCUAUGAGGGCUAUGGAAAAUGAUCAUAGAGCAAAACCUCAAUAUAAAGAAAGGGUUCCCUAUUUGAUAGUAAAGGGGAAACAAGGUCAAAUCCUGAGGGAAAGAGGUGUGUCUCCAGAAGAGUUCCUAAAGAACCCUAACUUGGAAUUAGACGCUGAGUAUUAUAUUAUGAAAACAUUAAUUCCACCUUUAGAUAGAAUAUUUAAUAUUUUAGGUGUCAGCGUAAAGGACUGGAUUUCGGCUUCUAAAAAGAAUUUAAAAUUGGACUACUCGAGAAGAAAUACAAAUACUCUUUCAAAUGUUAAAUGUAUGACAUGUAUUAACUGUAAAGAGAAAAUGGCAGAAAAUAAAACACAUUUAUGUGUUCAUUGUAAUAAUGAAAAACCCACUGUUUCAGUUCAACUUUUGCAGAGACAAUUAAGAAAACAAGAAAGAUUGAAGAAAACAUUGACCGCAUGCAGGAUAUGUUCAUACAAGUACACGCACGAUGCAGGGAUAAUGGGUUCUGCUAUAUCAGUUAAAUGUAACUCAUACGACUGUCCAGUUUAUUACUCUAGAAUUAAACUGCAAGAGUAUUUUCACUCGGAAGAGUACAAAACUUUAGUCAAAACAUUAGACUUGUUAGAUAAUGAUCUGUGGUAG